AUGAAAUUCUUUGAUACUGACGCCAACUGGAUAGGCACUGCCGAAAUUCCCUCCAUAUCUCUAGAGAAGCUGGAAGACAAUCUGCGAGAUACACAGCAGAGUUUGUUUCUCUGCUUCAUGCGGAAGAUGCUUCAAUGGCAACCAGAAGAUCGAGCGUCUGCGAAAGAAUUACUGGCGGAUCCUUGGUUGAAGCCAACCUAA